GCAUAUUUUCCAACUCCAAGCUGUAUAAACUUGAAUGCGUAUUGGAUUUAAGCAUAUCAGGUGAUGUGUAAUGAGAGAGGGUGUGGCCUUAGGAGAUCAACACCCUAUAAUAUAGGGCCUAUAUCAAAAUGCGCAUAAUUAUUAGGCAACUUCUUUUCCCCAGGCAAAAUGGGCCAAGAAAGAGAUUUAACUGACAAUGAAAAGUCACAAAUUGUAAAAAGUCUUUCAGGGGGAUGCAGCACUCUUGAAAUUGCUAAGAUCUUAGGGUGUAAUCACAGAACCAUCAAAUGUUUUGUUGCAAAUAGUCAACAAUGUCGCAAGAAACGUGUUGAGAAAAGAUUACGCAAAUUAACUGCCAAAGAUUUGAGAAGAAUCAAACGUGAAGCUACCAGGAACCCAUUAUCCUCCAGUGCUGUCAUACUCCAGAACUGCAACCUACCUGGAGCACCCAGAAGUAGAAGGUGUUCAGUGCUCAGAGACAUGGCCAAGGUAAGGAGGCUGAAACCCAACCACCACUGAACAAGACACAUAAGUUGAAAUGUCAAGACUGGGCCAAGAAAUAUCUGAAGACAGAUUUUUCCAAGGUUUUAUGGACUGAUGAGAUGAGAGUGACUCUUGACAGACCAGAUGGAUGGGCCCGUGGCUGGAUCAGUAACGGGCACAGAGCUCCACUUCGACUCAGACGCCAGCAAGGUGGAGGUGGGGUACUGCAGAGGAACUCCACCUUGCAGAUUCCUAUCUACCUGCGAUGGACUCCCAGUUGGACUGGCUGAUGCUGAGACCAUCUUUGCAUUAUCAUCAGGUCAUGGCAGGUGUGGGGUGGCUGUGGUACGAGCCAGUGGUCCAGCCUCAGCCACAGCUCUGAGGUGUAUGGCAGGGCUCUCACGCAGCCUGCCUCCUCCACGCACCGCCCUGCUACGCAGUAUCACAGACUCCCAAUCCAAAGAAGUGCUGGACCGUGGACUUGUCUUCUGGUUUCCAGCUCCUCAUAGUUUCACAGGAGAGGACAGUGUGGAGUUCCACAUCCACGGUGGUCCGGCUGUCAUUACUGCUGUCUUACAGGCUCUAGGAAGCGUGCCUGGCAUGAGGCCUGCUGAAGCUGGAGAGUUCACACGGAGGGCCUUUCAAGCAGGGAAACUGGAUUUAACAGAGGUGGAAGGGCUCGGGGAUCUGAUCCAUGCUGAGACAGAGGCUCAGAGGAGACAGGCUCUCAGGCAGAUGUCAGGAGAGCUGGGACACCUUUAUCAAGACUGGACCCACAAACUGAAACGGUGUCUGGCUCAUGUUGAGGCCUUCAUAGACUUCAGUGAGGAUGAGCUCAUUGAGGAUGGGGUCUUAAACCAAGUGGACAGAUGGGUGUGUGAUCUGCAAGCAGAGAUGGAGCAGCACCUAAAGGAUGAGAGGCGGGGCGAGCGGUUACGCAGCGGAGUCCAGGUGGUCAUCGCAGGAGCCACCAAUGCAGGGAAAAGUAGCCUUCUUAACACACUCUGCCAGAGACCUGCAGCAAUUGUGUCUCCCAUCGCCGGCACCACAAGGGACAUAGUAGAGACGGCACUGGACAUCGGUGGAUUCCCUGUCCUCUUGAGUGACACAGCCGGCCUCAGAGAGAGCCAGGACCUGGUGGAGAGAGAGGGGGUCCGCCGAGCUCGAGAAAGAGUGGAACAGGCAGAUCUGACCCUGGUGGUUGUGGACUGUGCUCAUCUCCCCUCUGAUGCACAGCAAGCUGCAGCUUUCCUUCAGGAGCACCUCAGGAGUGUCCUGCCCACCCAGGAGCAGCCGGAGACAGUAUUUGCUGCAGACAGGUUUCUCCUGCUGCUGAAUAAAACUGACCUGUUGCCUGAGGAGCAGAGGCAGAAGCUGGACAGGGAGCUGAGACGGGUCUCUGGGUUCCCUCCUGUUUGUCUGAUCUCUUGCCACACUAAUGAAGGACUGCAGGACUUCCUCACAGUGCUGCACAGCAGUGUCAAGACUCUGUGUGGCGACCCUCUGUCUGGUGCUCCCACCCUGACCCAGGCCCGCCACAGGGCCCACCUGCAGCAGUGUUUUGCGGCCCUGGCUCAGUACCAGCGGUAUCGCGACAUCGACCUCGCUCUGGCAGCCGAGGGUGUCCGGUUGGCUCUCACCAGCCUGGGCCGGAUUACUGGACGUGUCGGUGCAGAAGAGAUCCUGGAUAUCAUCUUCAAAGACUUCUGCAUUGGAAAAUAGUCAGAUGAGUGUCAACGAAAACAUGAAAUACGUGUGAUGUCAGCCUGCUCCGAGAGGAAGGCUGCAUUCUUGUUUGGUCCCAGAGUAUCAGUAAAGAAAACGAGACAAAAAGGUCACCGCCUCGGCAUUAUGCCACAGCAAAAUUGAAGAGAAUAAAAGUCAUGUUCUUGACUGCAGGGUCAUUUUGCUCCCAAGACACAAACUUUUUUGUUUUCUGUUGAUGCCCUGUAACAGACUGAAAUAGUUUUAAUGUGAUGACAGGUGCCUCUGAGGCCCCAUGUGCUGGACAAGUGUUUGCCAAGUCUUGAGUCCUAAUUUAAAAAUAGCUUCUGAAACCUUUGAUAGGUGAACAUUGGGCUCUUGGGUCGCAACAUUACAGCCAAGAUACUUGCCAGCUGCAGACCUCUGCAAGGUCAUGGACUCAACAUUUGGAUGUUUACUUGUGCUGCAGGACAAUUAGGACAAAUUGAAAUGUUAUUACUUUAAAUGUACUGUUUGUUGUAUUAUAUACGCAAUUAUGUUUAGUUUUUUCUAUGCAUGCAUGUAUGCAUUAGAUACAGUCUUCAAUUUAUGUGAAAGCCACAUUUAUUUAAUUAGCAAAUAAAUAUGAAAUUAUGUGACUA